GUUAGGCUUUAAGUGCUUAGCUCAAAUUGUAUCUCUAGGAAAUGAAAUUCGCCUGGAAGUUUUAGUCGUGUCUUUCUGGAACAUGUCAGCGUUUCUCUAGCAAAAAUCAGCUCUGCAAAUUUUGAACAUAUGGCCACAAAACUUCAGAGGCGACAGCCUCCUACUGUGUGGGCAGAGCAGAAAUGUCCAAGCAGAUAACAAGCGCUGCACAGCCUACCUGCCUGCUGCCGAGCGGCCAAUGGACGCUGCGGUAGACCCUUUCCCUCAGCCCGCUUGUUCGCUGCUGUACAGCAGCAUCCACGUCAUGCCCACUCUGUCACAGCAGCCAUGAGUCAGCGAGAGGAGCCGGAGGAGGCGAGGUCUCAAGCCCCACCACCUCACCGCGGUCGGCAGCCUAAUGGGACGCCCUUAGAUGGAGGAGGCCGUCCCAGGUGGAGGCCAUGCCAACUGAACAGCCAGGAUGCACAGGGAAAUGCCCAUCAUCAUCACCAGCACCAUCACUACCACCAACAGUCCCACCAACACCAGUCUGGGUCUGGCCGGGCACCACCACGCCAUCGCAGGAGACAUGUCCCAGGCCAGGCCCAGAGGAGGGUGAGUGAGAGCGGAGAUGCAGAGCCACGGCAAGGCCAGCAGCUCCGUCCAGGGGUGUCCAGGUACCGGCGGAGUGGGGAGAGGGGUCUUCAUCAGCAUAGAAGCAAACCACAACCCAGAGAGGGUAAUGGAGGUACAGAAGUGCAGCAGCCACUUGAUGUUCCGGAGACAGAUCAGGCAGUGGAUGCUUUAUCUCCUGAGGAAUCUUCACAGGAGCUGCUGAGCCCUUCUUCACAGGAGCUGCUGACUCCUUCUUCACAAGAGGUACUGACACCUUCUUCACAGGAGGAUCUAACUCCAUCACAAGAGGAGCUAACUCCCUCUCCACAGGAGGUACCAGUUGUUGAGCAGCAAGAUGGAAGCAGCCCAGACCUACAUUGUUCCUCCAGUACUGAGAGCAGCCUCCACACCCACGCGGAGCACACUGAGGACCUUCAGGGAGAGAAUGAGCAGGCGGAGGAAUGUGAAGGAGGUGGAGAUGAACAAGAAGUGGAAAAUAAUCAAGAAAAGACAGAGGAAGAGAUUGAUUCUCAUGAACAGGAGCAACCAUUUCAAGAAAAUAAGGACUGCUUAACAGCCAGUGGUGGAUUAAAAGAUAACUUCCACUCUCACAGUAGGAGGUCUGGGCCAAUAAGGGUGGAUGUGCCACCCUUUGCUGCGAUCCCUCUUCAACCAUUAGCCAUUCCUCAUUUCCAGCCUCAGCCUUUCUCUGAACCCCUCAGGAGUUACACCAUGGAGCCCAAAGCAGACACUACCCAUUCCAGCCCAACUGGCAAAACUCCAGUCAGCACAGACACAAAGCUUGAACAUAGAUCUCGAGCUCAUUCCUGCGAAGAACCUCUUUCAGAAUCCAAUCAAGAAGCCUGCUCUGAAUCCUACCAACAACCAAACUCUGAAUCCUACCAAAUAACUCGAGCAGAAUCAUGCCGGGAAUCGUACCUCUCAGAACACUCCCAAAAGCACACUGAAAAACAGCAGACCUUUGAGAAGAACCAGAAUGUGUCCACCAUUGAGCCUAAACCCCAGUUCAGUCCACAAGAGGAAUCCAGACAGCUGGUUUCAGUCGGCUCCAGGCUGCACCACUAUGAUGAACAAUCUGGAGACGAGGCUAGCAGCCCGGAUAGAGGCAGCAUCCAAGUCAGGAACCACACAAGCUCCAAUAGUAGUUUUGAAGAACUUCAGGAGCUUCGGAAGGAACAGCCUCAGAUUGGUUCACCUUCACCUACCUUUGACAAAAAAGACUUUGUUGAGGAAAGACCACCUAUGGCUCAAAGCCCAGUGCAAGGGUCCUCAAGGAUCUCUGGAGAUGCCAUCUCUCUGGCAAUAAAGGACAUCAAGGAGGCCAUUGAGGAGGUCAAGACUAAGACAGUGCGUUCUCCUUACACACCCGACAAACCCAAAGAGCCAGUGUGGGUGAUGAGACGAGACAUCAGCCCAGUGGAGGAGUGCCACCCACAGCUCUAUUCACCACCUCAGCUUUCUUCUCCACAGAACAAGGCUCUGGUCGCAGAUCCCAUAGCCCCUCUGGGAGCAGAGUCUUCCAGAACACAUCAGUACCAGGAUGUAGACGUCAUACCCAGUUUACCACCUGCUGAAGAGCUUAGACGAAAUUUGGCUGCCUUUCCUACAUAUGUUGACGUUCCAGGACCGUGUGAUCCAGAGGAUUUAAUUGACGGCAUCAUAUUUGCAGCUAGUUACUUGGGCUCCACCCAGUUGCUCUCAGAGCGAACGCCCACGAAGAGUGCCCGCAUGCAGCAGGCCCAGGAGGCCAUGAAUCGUGUCCGGGCAGCCCAGAAACAGGCCCAAAACAGACAGAAGCAGGGGCCUGAGGGCGAGGCUCCAUCUGCCAUCGAGGUGGACCUUUUCAUGUCCACUCAGAGGAUUAAAGUGCUCAACGCUGACACACAGGAGACCAUGAUGGACCAACCUCUGAGGACCAUUUCAUACAUAGCAGACAUUGGGAACAUGGUGGUCCUGAUGGCUCGCAGGAAGAUGGUCCGGUCCCGUAGCGCUCAGGAGCACCUGGACACAGCAGAUGUUCAUCACUCAAACCCAGCACGGGAUGAGCACCGUCAGUACAGGAUGGUCUGCCACGUCUUUGAGUCAGAGGAUGCACAGUUAAUAGCCCAGUCCAUUGGUCAGGCCUUCAGCGUGGCGUAUCAGGAGUUUCUGCGGGCAAAUGGUAUUGACCCUGAAGAUCUGAGCCAGAGAGAGUACAGUGACCUGCUCAACACUCAGGAUAUGUACAACGAUGACCUCAUCCACUUCUCCAAGUCUGAGAACUGCAGAGACGUGUACAUAGAGAAACAGAAGGGGGAGAUUCUCGGAGUGGUCAUCGUGGAGUCCGGCUGGGGUUCCAUCCUGCCCACUGUCAUAAUCGCUAGCCUAAUGCAUGCUGGGCCAGCAGCUAAAUCAGGACGCCUCAACAUCGGAGAUCAGAUCAUGACAGUGAAUGGCACAAGCCUGGUGGGCCUGCCACUGUCCACCUGCCAGAGCAUCAUCAAAGGGCUGAAGUCUCAAUCCAGGAUUAAGAUGAACAUUGUCCGGUGUCCUCCAGUCACCAUGGUCCUCAUCCGCAGACCCGACCUCCGCUACCAGCUUGGUUUCAGUGUGCAGAAUGGCAUUAUUUGUAGUCUCAUGAGAGGAGGUAUAGCUGAGAGGGGCGGAGUCAGAGUGGGUCAUCGCAUCAUCGAGAUCAACGGCCAGAGUGUGGUGGCCACCCCCCAUGAAAAGAUUGUUCAUAUUCUGUCAAAUGCAGUUGGAGAGAUCCAUAUGAAGACCAUGCCCGCUGCCAUGUAUCGUCUGCUGACUGCACAGGAGCAGCCUGUCUACAUCUGAAAGACACUGACUGCGCAAAUGCCGGGGCUUCAUCUCACUCACCUCUGUUCAUUUAAAUGUGGAAUAUUUGUGAUUGUUUACAUAUUUGUUACACUGGAUGUAAAUCUUUUUUUCUCAGAGCAUUUUGACCUGCCUUAAUCCGUCUGUCCAUAUCGACAGCCAAACAUGACCAUAAGGCUGGGCUUACACUGCAUUAAGAAAUAAUCCAUCAUGUUUGCUCAAACCUGCACUUUUUUCCAGUUUUCAUUGUUUUUUGGCAAAAUGUGCUUCGAAAGUAAUAUAUGGUGCAUUGAUGACCUGCCAUAAGCUUCCACAGGGCAUAGAACUGUAUCCAGUUUCAGGGUUAAAAUGGUCUUGUACAAAAAGCAUAAACCAGUUCAGUGUCAUUAUAUCAGGUUACUGUUUGAACCAAGUAGUUUAAUAUAUUCACCAAAGAUUUUUUGCAUAAUUUUUUUUCUAUAGCUUGUGUUCUUGCCAUAGUACAUUGUUACUGGUGUAAAGGGUGAUGUAUAGAACAUACAGUCCACAACAUGCAACCAAAUUUAGGACAGUAAAGGAACCCCAUUCUGUUUUUAAUCAUCAAAGAAGGGAAGUGAUUGCACAACUACUAGAGAACAUUGCAACACUGCUUUAGCAGUAUAUUACAACUUUUAAAAAGUGGUAUGCUCUGUGGAAGGCCAUUUUGCACUGCAUGUUACUUGUCUUAGAAACUCAGAAAUCUGGAAAUAUUAUUUAUUUUUUUACAAAAACAGGACAGGUGUGCAACAGAAAGACAGCAAAGUGAAAUCAAGUAUUGUAUACCCAGCAAGACAGUAUGUGCUUACCACAGAUUCAUCCACCCGGCAUCGGCUAAAUGCGACGUGUUCAUCCAAGUACCAAAGACUGAUAUAUGGGUGAUAUAUUUGAUCAAACACUGGACCUAUAAUAAAGAGACUAUUAGCAUUGUAAAUCAGUAACAGCUAGAAGAUAUUAGAGGUUAUUGUUAUGAGCACAGAUGUAAUUUAUUGAAGAGCAAGAUUGUGUGUUAAUGCUAUUAAUGAAAGUAAAAGUAAAACAGAUACAGAAGUUU